AGUUUCUUUGCAGGAAAUGCACGCAUGCACACAGACGAGUCGAGCUGGAGUCGAGACACUCAGCAGCAGAUUCACAGGUCCAGGUUAUUUAUUCGCACUUCGCGUUGCCGCGGACGGACCCAGGCUCCGGACAGCGAUGGUUCUGUUGGACUGUGAAACUCAGAAGAGCAGAAAUCUGCGCGCUGGUCGCGGUGUACCAGUUAAGUGCAUUCUCAACAAGCCCCAGUUAGUCCGUGGUCUGGGGGGCAACCUUCACUCGGAUGUGAAUGCCAGCCACUCCCGGACCGGGAGGUCGCUCCUGAACAAAGUGCAGCGCAGCAGGCACAAGCAUCACUACGACACCAACCAUCAUCAGAUCAGGGCCAAGCCUGAUUUAAACACAACACUACCAGUUCGACAGACAGCAUCCAUCUUCAAACAGCCGGUGACCAAGGUAACAAAUCACCCCAGCAACAAAGUGAAGACAGACCCGCAGAAGGCUGUGGACCAACCCAAACAACUCUUCUGGGAGAGGAAGUUGAGUGGGUUAAAUGCAUUUGACAUUGCAGAGGAACUGGUGAAAACGAUGGAUCUUCCCAAAGGUUUACAGGGUGUUGGGCCUGCCUGUUCAGAUAAAACACUGCUCUCGUCCAUCGCCAGCGCGCUGCACACCAGCCCUGCGCCCGUCACUGGACAGCUCACUGCUGCAGUGGAGAAGAAUCCCGGCGUGUGGCUCAACACAGCGCAGCCUCUGUGCAAAGCCUUCGUAGUGACUGAUGAUGACAUCAGGAAGCAGGAGGACCUGGUGCAGAAUGUUAGGAGGCGGCUCGAGGAAGCCCUCAUGGCUGACAUGUUGGCUCAUGUAGAGGACACGCCUGCAGACGCGACAGACAGCAAAGAAGAGGAGAAGGUUGAGCAGGUGGACAAGGAGGAAUUAUAGCCAAGGCUUGACACAACGAUUGCUGGUAAACAGGUUUUAUUUUCAAAUAAUUGGUUCCAUGAAGAUUUUUUUCUACACUUUUAACUGAAAUAGAACCUAAACACAGGCAUUCUGCAAACUUUGUUAACCUAAACAAAUUCUUUAUCUUUACUUUUCUUUUAAUAUUUUUCUUUUUUACAUUUGUAACCCUGAAAGGGUGCUUUGAGUUAAAAUUUUUACCUCUACUAAUGUAUGACAGUUGUGGAUGGUGCUCAAUGCAGUGUUACACUCGGUGAACAGCUGUUCAAGCUCAAAGUUAAAAACACAAACCUGAUGUAUGUGAAUGGAGUGUGAGUGUGUGUUUGUGUGUGAUGUAUCAGUUCAUGUUGAGAACCUCAAGUGUGUUUUCUUUCUCACUGUUCAAGAAGAACAUGUUGCUCUUAUAUUUGAUCUCUGGCACUGUAGGUCGUGUUGUGUAGUUUGCAGUAUGUUUACAUGCACACCGCAGUCUUGUGGCUGUGAAUGAUCACAUGUAGCUUGUCUGAUAAAAGGUUUCAUAGUUCAAAGUGCUGUUAUUUCUCAUAAUAACAAGGAUUUGCAUGGUUCUAAAGUUUUAGUCAGGGGUUGGGGAACUUCUUUCUCUUGAUGCCCAUUUAAUUUUUACAACAAGGGCCAUACCAAAUUAUUGAACAAAGAUAUCGCACUAACCUCUCUGAUGCCGUAACUGAAACUGCAGCUCUUUGGCCAGGUGUCUGAUGUCAGAAGGUAGUGAUGAUGAUGCUACUCACAGCUGAUUUUUCCAGAUUUGGGUCAGUCAGUCUUGAGCAGAGCGAGUCUUUGCAAGAGUUAAUUAAAGGAAAAAAGAACUGGUCACAGCAGUGGGUUGUCCCAAACAGAGACGCAAACGUCAGUGCGUGACUCCUCAGAAUUGUGAAGUUCAUCGGGAUAUGAAUACAAUUUAUAUAUCUUGAGCAUAGAGAAGUUGUCACUUGUUGUUUUUGCAGCUCAAUUAAUUUGUGUUGUAGGUCGUCAGGCACAUCAGCUGGUUCCACAUGUAACGGUUUAGCAAAUAUGUUCAAUUGUGUUUGUUGACUUUUACAUUUCCUGAGACCUCUCACCAAAUGUUCAAAGGAGUUUUAUUUCACGUAUGAAAGUAGAGUUGAGAAGCUAGUUUGGUACCUUGGAGCUUGACAAUCAGCCCUGAGAGGUACUUGGUCGUGUCUACAAUGAGUAUCACUGAGUUCCACGACAUGUUUUCCCCUCAUCUCCAUUAACUGUUUUAAUGUUUUCCCUCAGUUUGUUAAACAGCAUGAGCAUGUUGCCGUGAUUCAGCCCUUGCUUCUUACUAUGGUAAACCAGAUCUCUGUGCUCCGGCUCAAGCUGUAUAGACAUUUGUUUUAUGUUUGAUGUAUGACAGAGUUGCAUGCAACAGAAUCAGUUUCAUCAAACCUGAGACUGAGACAACACUUUUCUAUUUUUUGAUCAUUGCAGCAAAUCCCUUUUGCCACAGCUGUUGCUCCGUCUGUAACACGAUCAUUUUUCAAAUGGUAGCUCAAAUUUUUUCAUAUCAAAAAUGACUUUCUCAAAAAAUACGAGUUGGACGGUGCUUGUGAUGUCUGUUGUUUCGUCUGAGGGUAAAAAGAAAGGUUGCAUUUUUUGUAUUUAUAAAUUGUCUUGUGGGCUCUCUAGAGCUCAGAGGCUGGAGGUUCCUCACCCCUGGUUUAAUUAGGUUUAAUUGUACCGACAGAAGAAUUGUCAGUAUUGUUUUGCCAACUAUGUUUGAAUUUAUACAGUAAAGAAAAAUGUGUGUACCCUCAUAAAAUACUAAAACAAAUACAACGCUGCUGUACCUCAUGACCUGAUGUACUGUACCUCAUUACAAUAUUCAUUAUUUGUCUCUGUUUCACUGUGACACUGUCAAAUAAAUACAGCUGUUUUGUUA